AUGGCUGGCGACAUCGAUUCGCGCGCAUCUUGGACAAGCGAUGUCACUCGACCGUGCAAACCCAAGAAUGACUUGAAACCUGACGACGAUGUCCCGUCGCCGCGGCAUCUCGUGAAGAGCCCCUCUGGUGUCGACACAGAACAACCAGAGGACUCUGUCGGAGAGUCGCGCGUCAAAGGUGUGCAUCUGCAUCUCGAGACACAGAGCAGGGAGGCUGGUGGCAAAGAUUCGGACUCGGCACCAAGCGCAGACCGUGUCGGCGCGGAUGACGCAGCUCGCAAGUCUGCUGACAGGAUUGCCAACCACGGUCCACGUCCACACCAAGUCGUGAACAAGGCAGAUCUGCCGCGGGUGUGCAAGGCUGACAAGGCGAAAAAGGGUGACGCAAGAGGCAGCGGUGCGAGCCGCGAUGAAACCGAGCUUCCCGACGUCACCUGCCGCAACCGGCUCGCCAUCUACAUGGAUAUUGAGCUUGCAGACCAAAUGUUGAAGCUGGAGGAGGAAUAUUUACUCAAACAAGCUGGACUGGUUGGCAAAUGGGAAGAAGCAAUGGGGGUUGCACUCGGUCGGGUGACUGAGCUGGGCAGAUCGAGGGCUAUGGAAAUCCGACACAAGCUGCUGGCAUUCGAGGUCAAAAAGGAAGGGGGGCUGCAGUUCAAGCAAUUACUGGAGGAGGUCUGCAACGUGAGAGAGCGGUUUCAGCCGGUGAGCCCAAUCUUGGACAAGCUUCACGGCCGUGAGCACGACUGCUGGAACGAUGGUGCGGGAAGACGCCAAGUUGAGUCGUGCGGUGCUGACACUUGA